AUGUCUUGCUCGUACGUGUUGUUUAUUUGUUGUCGUUUGAAACGCUUCACGCUGGAGGGCACUACGGUCGAGUACCGCCGGGCGGAGUUCCAGCAUUCUCCGCUAGGUGGAUCCAUUCCGGGGGCGAAUGACUAUAACAAUCAUCCUCAUCAAGAAAAUCACCAUGAUCCCGAAGAUAUCAAAGUUUGCUUCAGCGCGCCGUCUACACCCCCCUCGCACACGGGGGAGGAGCACCCAUCACAGGCCAAGCAAAAAGUAAUGGGAAAUUCUCCUCGUAGUUGUGAUGUGGGUGGUUUGCUGCUCGUAGCGACGAUGGGUCGAAGGGCUAGGGAGGCGCAUAGCCACGCCGGGAUCCAGGCUUCUAACAUGUCUGUUCGGAUGAAGAAUGCAGUGCAGCGCGGAGGCGGGCGCCUCUCGGGCGCGGAAUGGGGAGGGACGGAGCGGCGGAGUGCGUUGGCGCCGGAUCGCCGCUAG